AUUUAAUUUUGCCAAAGGUUCUCAACGACACACACACACCCUAAUAGAACAAUGUCACCCGCAGUAUCUCCGCCACAUCACUAUGAAGGUGCGGCUAUUGACGAAUCGCUGCCGAUGCCGUUAUCGCCAGUGAUGCUGGAUCCGGUAUUCAACGACGGUCCACCUUCAGAGCCGCCACCGCCACCACCGCCGCCUCCUCCUCCUCCUACCCAACUACCACCUCCAAUAAACACGAAUACCUAUCCACGCACAUCGACAUUAUUACGAGAACGGGCACUGCGACAUCCUCCACGCAUCCCACGAUUAAGACGCUUCAAUCCACAGCCAGGCGAGCGACUACAGCAGCAAGAGUAUUUUGUUGACAUGACUCGCUAUAAUCGAUAUAUACAGCGCCACAACAACUGUGUCCCCGGCGACAAGGCUGUUGAUCUAACCGAGGCCUGUGGCUUGCCAUUGAGUGCCAAACGUAAAGGAGGCAGCAGCAGCUAUCUGGAGCUUGAUUUCGAGGUGGCUGUGGAUGAUGGCGGUCAAUACAGCUCUACGUACGGCGUUGAAAACGUUUUGCGUAACGACAAUUCUGUCUACUGCUCGGGAAGGAGCGGUACGGUCAACCUGCUGCUUCGUUAUAAUGGCUAUGCGCAGAGCGGCAUACUAAGCGAUAGGAGUUGCGUCGUUACGCAUAUUGUCAUCAAAUCUCCUCAAUACGGAUUUACGGCUCCAUGCAAAGACGGUGUAAUAUUCAUGUCUCGACAUCCUAUCGAUGUAGAACGCUCGCGCAUAUUUGAUCAGUUUACGAAAGAAGAUUUUGAACAGUACAUGGCACACAAGGCUCAAUACAGCACCAUUGAGGACGACGGAGUGGAUCCGGUCGCUUGGUUCACACUUUCCAAAGAAAAACAAAUGGUAAUUCCCAUUAACGACAGAUCUGCAAAAUACGUACUUGUCAAACUGCUCCGGUCCGAAUACGAAGCAGAUAAUAUUGAUCUGCAAUAUCUUGGAUUUGUUGGCUACUCUGGUCCCCGUUGUUUUGCAAGUGGUCGACUAUGUUGAAAGAGUUGGUAUUGAAUAAACAAGCUUAGAGCAGACCUUUACUGUUUGGUAUCUUUUUUAUAAUCCCACGUUCUUCUUUUUCC